AUGCCCAAGAAAGGAGCCAGCAAAAGACCCGUUGAAACCACAGAGGAAGAUGACGAGAUAGCCUUCCUUAUGGCAGCAGCUGCAGCUAACAAAAAGAAAAUCGCAGAAGAAAACAAAAAAUCUUUAUUCCCUGAUGAAGUUUUCAAAGAUCUUCCAGCACCACCGAUCAAUUCACAACCAGAUGGCAACUCUUCAGAGAGAUGCGUACUUAAAUACACCGACGAAAUGCUUUCCAAAUUUACAAUUAACCAAUCAGACGAAGAUAGGCUUAAAGAGAUAAAGGCCACACUACCAUUCUUCCGUGAAGGUGGAAUUGUCCAUCAAUCCGUUCGUGAAUGGGCUCUAAACAGUGGUAUCAUUAAACCAGGAGUAAAUCUCAAUGACAUGUGUGGUCAAAUCGAAGAAGGAGUAAGAAGAAUGGUCAACUACGAGCCACCAACAAGAUGUCUUGCCUUCCCAUGCGGUUGUUCCAUCAACAAUUGUGCUGCACACUAUUCUCCAUUACCAGGAGACACAAGAACUCUUCAAAAAGACGAUGUAAUGAAGAUUGAUUACGGUGUUGCAAUCAAUGGAUACAUCAUUGAUAGUGCAUUCACUGUUUGCUUUGAUCCAAGAUUCGAUCCACUUAUCGAAGCAUCAAGAAUGGCCACAGAAACUGCAAUCAAAAUGGCAGGACCUGAAAUGAGAAUCGGAGAAAUUGCAUCUGCAAUUGAAGAAGUUAUAUCUUCUUAUACAUUGGAUCUCAAUGGAAAAUCAUAUCCUCUCAAGCCAGUUUAUAAUUUAAGUGGUCACCAACUUGGACAAUACAUUGUUCAUUGCGGUAAAUCAAUUCCAUUAACAAAGAGAGCCAAUAAUUCCGAGAAGAUGCUUCCAGGAGAGAUUUAUGCAUGCGAAACAUUCGCAACAACAGGAAAAGGAAUUGUUUUCGAUGAUGGAUUGACAAGCCACUUUAUGACUGCAAAGCAACCACCAAAGCCAAAGACAGGAAGUGAACAGAGAAUGCUUAAAGUGUUGACAGAUAAUUUCAAGACAAUGGCAUUUUGCCAGAGAUUUUUGGAAAGAGCUGGUGAAAGAAAUUAUACAAAUACACUUCAACAGAUGGUCAAAGAUAAAAUUGUCAAUCCAUAUCCACCGCUCUCAGAUAUCGUUGGUUCUUAUGUUUCACAACAUGAACAUACUUUUAUUUUACUUGAGGAUCACAAAGAAGUUCUUAGUUUACCAGCAGGUGCAUGGAGACUUGAUUAA